AUGGCGGAUAAAUCCCCCGAUAUUAAUACCGCGCCUGCGGCCGUUGACCUGACCGAUGAUAUCCCCAUGAAGCCGCCCCAAGAGGCGCAAGAGCAACAAGAUGGUGUACGAGUGGCCGAAGCCGUGACGAGCUCGUGGUCGAAAAAUUCCCUGAUCGCGGUGUGA